GACAUUUAACAUUUGACAGUUAGGAUUCCAUGCUGAUAUUAUUGUUUACAAUCCUAAAAUGUAUUUAAUUCCAAAAAAUAUUUUCACAUUCUAUACAGGUUUGAUAAAUUAAACAAACUUACACUUUCAUAAAUAGUAUGGAUUCAAGGUGUCGCCUUUGCGCAGAAUGUACAACGGAGCAAAUUUCUAUUCUCCAAGAUGCUGUCUUUUGCUUAAAAAUUUUUCAAUUAUUUCAAAUUAAAGUAUCUAUUACUGAUCAUUUACCAACAUUUGUGUGCAGAGAAUGUUAUGAAAUGGUGGAAAAAACAUGGAGUUUUAACGAUAGGAUUCAAAAGGCACAGGAUAUUUUGGCAAAUAUCCUUAAUACAAUUCAAAACAUGGUGUUAGUACCUACUAAUAGUGAAAUAGAUCAUUCAGUUGUUAUUCAUUCUGAUAUUGGUUCCAUGGUGGAAUUAGAUUACAUAGAUGAAAAUAAUAAAAGUCAGUUUUUAAAUGAAGAUAAUCUGGACAUAUUUGAUGUAACUUCAGUAAAAUCGGAAAGUGAACCAACAAUAAAAAAUGCCACUGGAUGGAAGAAACGAAAGGUUAGAAAUUCAAGAAAUGAGGUACGAAAAGGUUUACGAAAAAAAUUUAACUCAAAUACUCAGUUGGAAAACAUAGAAUUUGAAGUGAAAAUAGAUGGAACAAUGGCACCUAAAGAUGACAACAAUGGAUGGAACACAUAUCCUUUUAGUUGUGCAGAAUGUCAGCAAAUUUGUGGAAAUCCUGAUGAUCUCAAAGACCAUUAUGCAACAGCUCAUAAGUUACCCCCUCGAUAUUCCUGUGCAGACUGUUCAAAGGGGUAUUCCAAAUACAGUGUAUUUCUAGCACAUGCUCGAGUACACAGGUCUAAACUAAAACUUUGCUGUGAUUUAUGUUAUAAAUGGUUUCCAACAGCUGCUGAACAAAAUCAGCAUAGAUCUCAACACAGAGAAGAGAAGCCACAUAUUUGUAACACUUGUGGGAAAAAGUUUCGAAUUCAGUCAUCACUUGUGGUACACACACGAUCCCACUUGCCUGCUGAAUUAAAGAAUCAGUACCAAUGUGAUCAGUGUCCAAAACGAUUUGGAACCAAACCCAAUUUAAUGGCUCAUAAAAGGAUACAUAGUGGAAUUAGAGAUUAUACCUGUGAUCAGUGUGGAAAAAGUUUUGUACAAAAAGGUAAUUUGGAUAACCAUCUCCUGACACACACAGCAGCUCGUCCAUUUACUUGUGUUGUUUGCGAAAAGACAUUUAAGACUUUGGUGCGUUUGCGUAAGCAUAGCUCUGUACAUUCCGGUCUAAAACCUCACAGAUGCAAUAUAUGUGGUCGUCAAUUUCGAGAAAGAGGUACUCUCAAAGAACAUGAAAGAAUACACACCGGUGCAAUGCCAUUCACUUGUGAAUUUUGUGGAAAAUGCUUCAGGUUUAAGGGUGUAUUGACUACACAUAGAAGACAACACACAGGGGAACGACCAUAUUCUUGCAAUGAAUGCCAACACCAUUUCACGAAUUGGCCUAACUAUAACAAACAUAUGAAACGGAGACAUGGUAUCAACACAAGCGUUACGUGUAGGACACGGCAAGACAUUCCUCCUACAGGGAUGCCUCAUAGAAAUCCUCCUGGAACUGUUCUAGCAGCACCUCAACCAGUCAUAGUUCAAGAAAAUUUUGUAGAACAGCCACCAACUUUUUAUCCUGUUCUUAAUCUCUAUAACAUUCCCGAAGAACUGUUGCAGCGGGAGUAGAAAGAACUUUAUUUUUUAAAAAUAUUUUGUCGAUUCUUGGUACCUAUUGUCAAUUUGUUUUAGAGAUUUUUUAUUGAAACUACAAGAAACUCCAUCAGAUUUUUUGUUGUAGUCAGGUCUGUUGAUAAUUAAAUUUUUGUACUCUUUAUAUUUAUUACUUUGAUUUAUUCAUUUUCUUUAUAUAACUUCAAUUUUGAAUAAAUGAAUGUAAUAAUGAUAAGA